GACUGAGGGGAUAUUUAGGAAGCAAGCAAAAUAUUAAUGAAUUCGAAUCGCUUUAGGGUUUAGGUUAUAAAAGUGCUGAUAAAUAAACCAGAGCUGGGGGCAGUGCAAGUAUCCAUGGCAACAGAUUAAACAGCGUUUGAACGCAGCGCGUGAUUCUGGUGCUCGGCUCUUUUCGCUCGGUUCAGGUCGUUCCUCCUGCUAUUGUUUUGUUAUUUCUCCUAAUACAGUUUUGAGUAUGGCUUUCUUCGGACUCACAUAUUUGGGCUAUCAGAACCCUUUUGGGGACAGGAUGGUAACAUCUAGGCACAACAAUCUUACACGAGACUCAUCAGACCUGCAUCUCGGCAGUCAGAGCAGAUAUCAGGACUUGAGCAGACGCGUUCAGAGGUCUCCUAAAGAGCUGUAUCGUGUACCUGUGACGGACAACCAGCAGUACGGCUGGUGGGUUUCCACCGAUGGCCUGAAGAACCGGGAGCCUUGGACUCAAACCCGUCGCUUCCCACGCAAAAACAGCGAAAUGACCAAGUUUGUGAAUGAGAUGUCAAUGACUUGCCCAGACUUCAGCUUGUUUUGAUUCCUGGUCCUUGGAACUGUAAGACAGUAUGUUCACAUGGUGAUCACAGUGCACUAAUACUGCAACACUGCAGUGUGUCACUUUGCUCUGCAGAACAGGAGGUGCAGAGGACACACAACUCACACUAAUGCCAGUGUUACCUAUCCACUGCACAGCUAUGGCUGUGCCAUAUUGUUUAUAGAAUUUAGUGCAAUAAAUUUAGUCCCAAUCUGAAUGUGCUAAAUGUUGUUCUUUGCAUAUACCUGCAUUAUGGUGGAAAAGUCCAGUAAUAAUAAAACAAUGAACCAUUUGUGAAUAAACUUGACCUGAAGCAGUCCAUUCGGGAGGAACUUCUUCCUGAAUUUUAGUAAACCACAAUGUUCUGAUUCGUCAUUCGUUAGUAUCAAAAACUGACUACACCAGGAUGAAAUGAUGAUCUAGGACCAUGUUAAGUUAGCUUGACAACAGUAUUUGAAUUCCAGCUCACCAAAUGCAUAAAAUAUUUACUGAGCAAGGCAUCUUGAUUUACACGCAAAUCUCAGCUGGUAGAGUUUUGAAAAGCAGAAAUUAAUCAGUUCACAUUAAGAUAUAAAAAAUGAUACUAGUUUGAUUAUAGAAGUGAUAAUUACUAGUUGUAAAUAAAUAAAAAUCUACAAUGUGUACCUAUCAUAUUCUGAGGCAAAAAAACCUUUAAAUGAUGCAUCAUUUAAGGUGAUGCAAACACAAUGCCUAAUAUAUACAAAAAAAAAAAACAGUUUAACAAAACCACAAUAAAAAGCAAUCACAAAAACCAAAUAAAACAGACUUUUUUUUAUUUUUAGUGGGGGAAAGUUUGUCUAUAUUCAUCGAGAGUCUUUCCUCAACUUUCCUUUGCAAAGUUGAAAUGCUUGUCCCUUUUCUAAUCCUUCGACUAAAGUAAAAACAAGAAUGAAACAAACAAACGAAAAGGUAAACGAAAAUAAAGAGAUGAUCAGGAGGCGUUCAGCCCUGAUCUAGACAGAGGCCCCAGUGUGAGAGUCAGUAGUACUAAAAUACACUCCUGCUUGUCCGCAGUACAAAACCACUGUGUUUGCUUCCCUCGCGCUGAAUAUCCACCCGUGUAUGCUUUUAUUGCACAUACUGGACGAAACAACAGGGCACCCUGCCUUUGGUACGAAACAUGAUCAACUGACAUGCAAUGACCAAACUACGAUCAAAGCAUAUUUUCAAUAAGUGAAGAACACAUAGCAGGAAAAGAUGCAAGUCGCUGAAAGAGGGGAACGAGUUAACGAAUGUUGCGUCCACCAAAUGAAUCGCAUUAUACACCGUGUGAUACAAAGAGGCACUGUUAUCAAAUGCUGAAUUUGUUUAAUUAAGGCAAAUGCACUGCAAUUCUCUAUGUUAUUAAUUAGCUGGCUAGCAACUGUUUACCUAAUGAAUUUGAAGUUAGAUUUAGAUCGGUUUAGAUAUGUAUUUUACCAAGUGGCUUUUUCCUUAUACAGAUGUUCACUACAAUGAAGCAGAACAAGCGGUGGAGGGAAUAUUGUUGAUCUGAUCAUACGUCAAAGACUGCAGUUGAUCAGUUAGUACCAAAUGUUCAGGUCUUUGUUCCCUCUCCUCAGCUGGAAUGGAAUCAUAAUCAAAUAGAUAUAAGAACAACCAGAAUAGGAAU